AGAAGCUAAAGUAUUCAAGCUUGGCUUAUGCUUACGUUAUUGAUUUAUUUUACCUGUUAUGUUCAUGAGACAGAGAAUAUUUUCUGUAGUCUGAUAGAAUUUUCAAGACUUUAAAGGAGAAGAGUAUGGAAAGUGAAAUGUCAGAUUCUUUGCAAGAAGAAUUAUUAAAGAGACUUGAUGCCUAUGGAGAGAGUUUGAUGGACAAUGACGAUUAUGAAAAUAGAGUUAAGCAUGCAAAGAAGAUCAAAAAGAGAAAGAAAAUUUCAGCUGAGGAGAAUGACUUCACUGCGGAAAUUCACACAAAGAAGAGGAAAAAGCGAAAGAAAAAUAAGGCAGAUAAUGGAAACACACCUGCUGAAACAACUGUUGAAGAGGAGCAAACUAAAAUGAGUGGAAAAGAAAAAAAGAAACAGGAGAUGAAAGAUGCACUUGGGCUGAAUGAUAUGGAUAAAAGCGUGAUAACUCCAAAUGUGAGUGUUAUGAAAUCAGACAGGAAUGGUGAUAUAAAAAAUCCAACCAAUACAAAGGUUGUAGUGUACAACAGACCAAAAUCAAAAAAGAAAGAAGAAGAAACAAAGGAUGUCAAUGAAAAAUCUGAAGAGGCAUCAGCUCAUGUGAUUGAUUUAAAGUCAGCUAGAUUGGACGUACAGAAAUUUGGAAUCAAAGGAUUCAGUGAGGAGAAGAAAGACGCAGCCAUGGAAUCCUUACUGGUUAAACUCGGAGCAAAACCCAAGAAGAACAAGUCUCACAACUACAAGGAAUAUCAGGAAAUGGUAAAAAGACAAAAAGUAGAGGAGAGAGAAAAAAGAGAACUGGACAGGAAGCUGGGAUACAAGGUCCAGAAAAAGGUCAUCGCCAGGAAGAAAGAUCGGAACGAUGUCGGGCGAGUGGACGGACAGGUCGGGAAGUAUAAACACGGUGUCCAGUUUGUGACAAAGCAGGACUUACAACCAGGAGGGAGAUCAGUGAAAAAAAGGAGGAAGAAAAAGUUCUAGGAUAUCUGAAAAUUGUAUUUGAU